UAUGUUGGAAUUUGUUGAUGAGGUCAGCAUCAGCAGCGAGUUAUAUGGGUCAGAGCACGGUGUCGAGGGACGUUGAAGGGUUGUUAGCAGAAGCUGCUCACUCACCUCUCUUCAUGUCUUGAAUCUUGAUCUCCAUCUGGGAAAUUCAUAUUAACAAACUAGGCAUCUUUUGUCCCCAUACAGAGAUUCCAUUCAGGAAGCCAGUUAGUUCACGUACCAAGAGAUAUAUUUUUUUUCCUAUAUACAAGGAAAGAUUACAGUGGAGCAGAGCUGUAGUGUCUGGCGGUUACUUCUCUCUCUCUCUUGCUCUCUCCCUCUUCAAAACCGCCCCUUUUUUCUUCUAAGGCUUGGGUACUCCAAAUUCGCUUACUUCGCCUGCCUGUCUCUCUUCUCUCUCACAUGAGCCUGACCUGUCCCCAUUUGCUCUGAAGUGGUUAAUUCUAGAUUGGGGAUUUGAUUGAUUGGUGGAAGGAUGAAGGGAGGAGCUGUGCUUGUGGCUAUUGCUGCUGCAAUUGGUAACUUCCUGCAAGGAUGGGAUAAUGCUACAAUUGCUGGGAGUAUUGUUUACAUAACGGAUGACCUUUCUUUGGGAACUACUAUGGAAGGUCUUGUUGUGGCUACCUCGCUCAUUGGAGCCACAAUUAUUACAACAUUCUCAGGACCUGUAUCAGAUUGGCUUGGUCGGCGACCAAUGCUUAUAAUCUCAUCAAUGCUCUACUUUGUAAGUGGUUUGGUAAUGGUCUGGUCACCCAAUGUCUAUGUCCUAUGUGCAGCAAGGCUUUUAGAUGGAUUUGGAAUUGGUCUUUCGGUUACUCUUGCACCGGUGUAUAUAUCUGAGACUGCCCCACCAGAAAUAAGGGGAUUGUUAAAUACUCUUCCACAAUUCACUGGUUCGGCUGGCAUGUUUUUAGCAUAUUGUAUGGUUUUUGGGAUGUCACUGACGACCUCACCUAGCUGGAGGUUAAUGCUCGGAGUUCUUUCCAUUCUCUCUCUAAUCUAUUUUUUCCUAGCAGUAUUUUUCUUGCCUGAAUCUCCUCGGUGGCUUGUUAGUAAAGGAAGGAUGACUGAGGCAGAAAAGGUUCUCCAGAGAUUACGUGGAAGGGAAGAUGUUUCAGGUGAGAUGGCUUUGCUAGUUGAAGGUCUUGGAAUCGGGGGUGAAGCAUCUAUAGAAGAGUACAUUAUAGGUCCUGCUGAUGAAGUUGCCGAUGAUCAGGAAUCAGCUGCUCGUAAAGACACAAUCAGAUUAUAUGGACCUGAAGCAGGCCUCUACUGGGAUGCCAAACCUGUCACUGGACAGAGUGCUCUUGGCCUUGCCUCUCGCCAGGGAAGCAUGGUGAGCCAAACUGUGCCACUCAUGGACCCUCUCGUGACUCUCUUUGGUAGUGUCCAUGAAAAGGUCACUGAUACAGGAAGUAUGCGAAGCAUGCUUUUUCCUAAUUUUGGCAGCAUGUUCAGCACCGCAGAACCUCAUGUUAAAAAUGAUCAGUGGGAUGAAGAGAGCCAGCAGAGGGAAGCUGAGGACUAUGCAUCAGACGCUGCUGGGGAAGACUCGGAUGACAAUCUGCAUAGUCCACUGAUCUCUCGUCAGACAACCAGCAUGGAGAAGGACAUGAUUCCCCCUCCUUCCCAUGGCAGUACUCUGAGCAUGAGGCGCCAUAGCAGUCUCAUGCAAGGAACGGGGGAAGCGGUUGGUAGUACAGGUAUCGGUGGUGGCUGGCAGUUGGCAUGGAAAUGGACUGAGAGAGUAGGUGAGGAUGGAAAGAAGGAAGGAGGAUUUAAAAGGAUUUAUCUGCACCAGGAGGGAGGUCCUGGAACCCGACGUGGGUCCCUUGUUUCACUUCCUGGGGGAGAUGUUCCAGCUGACAGCGAGUUUAUUCAGGCUGCUGCUCUAGUAAGCCAGCCUGCUCUUUAUACCAAGGAGCUUAUGGAGCAGCAUCCAGUUGGACCAGCAAUGGUUCACCCUUCUGAAACUGCUUCAAAAGGACCAAUUUGGACUGCCCUUCUUGAACCAGGGGUUAAGCGUGCGUUGUUUGUUGGAAUUGGAAUUCAGCUACUUCAGCAGUUUUCCGGAAUAAAUGGGGUUCUCUACUACACUCCCCAAAUUCUAGAAGAUGCAGGUGUUGAAGUACUUCUUUCGGACUUGGGCCUUAGUACAGAGUCUGCAUCAUUCCUUAUUAGUGCAUUCACAACCUUGUUGAUGCUUCCUUGUAUAGUUGUAGCCAUGAAGCUCAUGGAUAUUACUGGUAGAAGGACGCUGUUACUUACUACAAUUCCUGUGCUAGUAGUGUCGCUCAUUGUUCUAAUAUUUUCACAACUUGUGGAUAUAAGCACGGUUGUAAAUGCAGCAUUGUCAACUCUUUGUGUCAUUAUCUAUUUCUGCGUUUUCGUCACGGCGUACGGGCCAAUUCCUAAUAUACUCUGCUCUGAGAUCUUCCCCACAAGAGUCCGUGGCCUCUGCAUUGCUAUCUGUGCCCUUGUGUACUGGAUUGGAGACAUAAUAGUCACCUACUCAUUGCCAACGCUGCUCGAUGCAAUUGGCCUAGCUGGUAUCUUUGGCAUCUAUGCUGUUGUGUGUGUCAUCUCCUGGAUAUUCAUCUUUUUAAAGGUUCCAGAAACCAAAGGCAUGCCCCUCGAAGUCAUCACUGAGAUGUUUGCUGUUGGUGCAAGCCAAGCUGCUGCUGCCAAGAAUGAGUGAUCGAAUGCUUUCAAGCUGCUGCUGUUGGAGAAUUUUUGCUUCUUGUGCUUGCAUAUUGAAUGAGAAUAUAUUUCUGAUUCAAACAAAUUGAAAUUUUUUUGCGUUGUAUGAUAAAUUGUUGGAGGCCAUUUCAAUAAAUAGCAUAGUUUUUAUGAUUUGUUUA